CAGGCGCGCUCCGUGCCUCGCUGCCGCUGCUAACCUGAGCUGAGUCGAGGGGCUCCGGGGCCCUGGCCCCCGCAGCCUGUCUCUGGACACGGGCUGAUUAGAGCGUGAGGGAAGCCCAUUCUGCCCGCGCCCAGGCGGCCCGAACGGAGGCUGCCUGCCGGUCCCGAGGAGGGCGGAAGGGUCGCGAGGUGGGCGGGGCGGCCCGUGAGGGACACGGGCGCCCCGCAGACCUCUGCUCCCAGAGCCGCGCGCAUGGUCCGGGUGCACCCAGCCAACUCUGCUGUCAGUCACCAGAGUUUUCCAGAGCCUCCAGUUCCAGGAAGAUAAAAGUUCACUGAUGGCUCAAUUGGGAGCAGUUGUGGCGCUGGCUUCCGGUUUCUUGUGUGCCUCUCUCUUCUCAGCUGUACACAAGAUAGAAGAGGGACAUAUUGGAGUAUAUUACAGAGGUGGCGCCCUGCUGACUUCCACCAGCGGCCCUGGGUUCCAUCUCAUGCUUCCUUUCAUCACGUCGUAUAAGUCCGUUCAGACCACACUUCAGACUGACGAAGUGAAGAAUGUACCUUGUGGGACCAGUGGUGGUGUGAUGAUCUACUUCGACAGAAUUGAAGUGGUGAACUUCCUGGUCCCAAACGCAGUGUACGACAUUGUGAAGAACUACACUGCCGACUAUGACAAGGCGCUCAUCUUCAACAAGAUCCACCACGAGCUGAACCAGUUCUGUAGCGUGCACACACUUCAAGAGGUCUACAUAGAGCUGUUUGAUCAGAUAGAUGAAAAUCUCAAGCUGGCUUUGCAACAGGACCUGACCUCCAUGGCCCCUGGGCUUGUCAUCCAAGCCGUGCGGGUGACCAAGCCCAAUAUCCCCGAGGCAAUCCGAAGAAACUAUGAGUUGAUGGAAAGCGAGAAGACAAAGCUUCUCAUCGCAGCUCAGAAACAGAAGGUGGUGGAGAAGGAAGCCGAGACGGAGCGGAAGAAAGCGCUCAUUGAGGCAGAAAAAGUGGCUCAGGUUGCAGAAAUCACCUAUGGGCAGAAGGUCAUGGAGAAGGAGACGGAGAAAAGGAUUUCAGAAAUUGAAGAUGCUGCAUUUCUGGCCCGGGAGAAGGCAAAGGCCGAUGCCGAGUGCUACACUGCUCUGAAAAUAGCUGAAGCGAAUAAGCUGAAGCUGACCCCAGAAUAUCUGCAGCUGAUGAAGUACAAGGCCAUUGCUUCCAACAGCAAGAUUUACUUCGGCAAAGACAUCCCCAACAUGUUCAUGGACCAUGCAGGCAGCCCAGGUGGGCAGCUAGAAGGGCUGGCAGAGACGCUGGGCUCCGACGUGGAGGAAGAGCCUGUGGAGACCCCCAGAAAGGAGAACUGAAAGCUCCCGCCUCACUGACACUCACAGAGAUCUUUAUUUUUUGAGAUGGCACAGAAUGCUUCUUCCUCCCUUACUGCCUUCUUGGACUCCCCAAGUUACUGUUAUGAAAAAGAAAUGGACUUAGAUCUAUCUCUCCCGGGAAGGGAGGGCAGGGACCGAUGGUUUGGGGUUUUAUAAACGUAAGUAGAUUGUGUGGCUUCUGCUAAGACUUAUACACCGUGGCUUUGACCUCUGACCCACAGGCACCAUUCCACAGCUGUCACUAAGCAGUGGGCUACUGCCCCCAGGGGCUUCGAGUCUGCUUGUCUCACCCCUUACCUCUGGAGCUCACAGCUGAGCAGAAGGAAAAAAACCGCUGCACUGCCAGGAGCACUCAAGUUCCUGGCAGCUUUGGUAGUGUGCAGACAGUCGCCCAGAGGCAAAGUCAGUAGGGCGGUCUCAGAGCCCUCCUAAGGAAGAAGUGGUGCUAAAUUUUGCAAGAUUUUCUAUACACUACGCUCCUUUCCCUGGGGCUCAGGGUCAUGGCUCUAACUACAUUUCCAGAGUCAGGGCUUCAUUCUCUCCACCACUCAUAUCUUUUUGAAACUUUCCACCUAAUCCAUGAUUUGCUUUCUUCUCAAGUCAUGUGUUGGUUCUGGGCAGCAUCAAGAUAGGAACAAGUUAAGUGUCUCCCAGGCUGCCGACCUGGGACGUCCGUUACUCCAGCUGGCUGCUUUCGCACCUGCUUGGCCGGUGCUGUGUGCACCUCAAGCACAGGUCUUUGCUGUGGUGCUACAGGGAGGAGCUCUGCCACCUCUCAUGGAGGAGGAAGGGUCCACGAAGGGAUUUCCUGGUGUCGGCCUUGGCCUGUGUCCAGGGUCUGACGCUGCUAAAAGGAUCCUGUCCGCAGUAGCUAAGUGAUUUUAAACCCGAGCUCCACACAGCCACCCGGGGCUCUGACUGGUGGUAGCCCUCCAGGGAGGGCUGUCUGCAAGUCAGUCCACACCUUGGGCUCAAGUGAUGAAAGCCUCAAAAUGCAGUCGGAGUGUUUGGUUUUGAUACAGGAUAAGGAAAGCAAAAGUUUAUAAUGUACUAGGUGAGGAGGUGCACACCUGUAACCCCAGCACUCCGGAGGCUGAAAUGGAAGGAUUGCUGUGAGUUUGAGACCAGCCUGGGCUAAAAAAGUGAGCUCACAGCUUGAACUGUGUAGUGAGAUCCUGUGACCCUCCCCAACAAAGGUUUUGUCUUGAAAGUGGAGUUUGGAGGGGACUGCAGCCUGUUGCAGGGUUGUUAAGUGGCAGACAGCCUUCUGGAGUUAAUUCACAAGCAUAUUUUUAUCCCGCAUAGUAACCGUGACCUCAGGAUUUGCCCUUGUUAUUAGCUGUCCCCAUCUAAAGCAAAAACAAAAACUGCCUGUUAUGUUCGUCUUCCCUAGGCGAAGGGUAUGAAAGAUGCUUUUUGGCUGUAGUUCCCGCUCCAGUUUUCGCUCUAUCCCCGGGCUUCUGGUUCAUCAAAUGGUCUUAGUGCUCAGGCCAGCAUGGUGCUAAGUGACAACAGGCUUGGCAGGCACCAGGGCAGUGUUUGGCUUACCUAAGAGUGAAUGAGGAACCAGAUUGUCUCUUAAACCCACAUGCCUGGUUUUUGUUUGUUUGUUUUUUGGUACUGGGACUUGAACUCAUGACUGUGUGCUUGCUAAGCAGGCAUUUGUGCCGCUAAAUCCCAGCCCUAGCUGAGCUAUAUCCCAACCCUCAUGUCUGUUUGCCUGGAAAGAGACAAGGUGUUAACUCCCUCCCUUCACACGCUGCCCUUCCCCUCUAGUCCCCAACACAGAGAAUUCUCCAGCCAGGUCCCUGCCAUGCUCUCUGCAGGCAGCAAAACAUUCCCAAUCACAGUCUGCCUCUGUCCCUGGCAGCAGGGCAUCCUGGCCACGUGGUGUCCAUGCUUCUCUGGAGUUUUUCACCAGCUGGGCAUCAGCAGAUGUAGUUUACCAGGGAAGGUUAUCUGCAGUCUGGAAGUGCUCUCCUCAGGGUCCUAACUCAAGUCUCUCCGGUUCUGGUUCCGUUCUGACCUCCUUCCCUCCUUCUCUCCUUCCCUCAUGUUAAUGUCACUUCCACAUUAAACGAAGACUAGAAACCGCAUCUUGCCAGGUAGCACCGGUCCCAUGGCUACAGGUCCCAUCUGAGAAUCAAAUCACAAAGUCAGCAGUCUCCUAACGGGGCUACCAAUGCAUCUGUGAAUCUUUGUCCUUCUAAUGCUUAUUAGAAAAUUUGAUCUGAAACUAUUUCAGUUCUGAACAUGUAAAAUGUGAUAGCCUGCAGUUUGGUAGGCAGUGAAGUACUGGCUGCUAUUUGUAAGUGGAGCUUUUAUCAAAAUAAGUAAAUGUUUAUAAAAUUUAGUUUUUGAAGGAUUUUCCAAAGAACCGUUACCUGGUGGAAUGUUUCUCACUUGUUAAAGUUUGCAGAAGUGAUUGCUAUUCAGUACUGUUUUUAAUCACUUUUUUAAAUAUAAGGACAGAAAGUUUGUAAGGAAGCCAAAGUUUGUUGAUAAUUUUUAUAAAACUAAAAUGGAUUUGGAGGGACUUAUGAUUAUAUUGAAGAGGAAAUCACUAAUGAACUUAGCAAUAUAUUGAUCCAAACUAAGGAGAUAUUUUAUAAAUCUGGGGCCAUUUCUAUAGGCCUGUGUAUCUCUCAGCAUUGAAACUUCAUCUGAGGGGAGUAGUGAAAGUACGAUGAUCAGAUUUACUGACUUUGACUAUUUGUUUGAUUGGAGAUACUCUGUAAACCUAACCACUACUUCCUGGUUCUAUUCAGUAGGGUACUGUUUCUGUGUUUCCUUGUAAAAGAGGUAAUAGCCAAUCAUUGUGUGUUUGUAUUUCCAUUCCUUUUUAUCUCUGCUUUUGUGUAGGCUGGUGAUUGAAAAGUCAAAGUAAUUUUUUUUUCAAAGAGCCCCAAGGGCUUAAUGAUGCCCUUUGUAAUGGAGUAAUGAUUCUUGUUAUAUGAAUCAUUCUAUAAAUGAUACUGAUGGUAUAAUUGCCUUGGGUCGCUAGCUGGAGGAAUUGUUUUGGACAACACAAAAGGCUCUCGUGUGAAUUUAUGUCUCAGUUUUAUUUUCGGUCUUGUUAAAUAAAAUGAGUCUGUGUUCA